AAACUAUGUCGGCAGGAAAAAGAAAGCAAUGGCAGUCUGAUGAGCAGUCUGAUGAUAUGCGCAAAGCAAUUGAAGAUGUUAGAAGUAACAGGUUGGGCUAUUUAUUUGCAAAACGUUAUAACGUUCCACGAGCAAUACUUCAUCGCUUGUGCAAUAAAGAAGGUUCUCCUGAUACUGUUUCCAGUACUACAUUAGGCCGAAAAACAGCUUUGCCACCGGAAUUGGAAACAGAACUAGUGAAGUAUUUGUUGAUCAUGGAUCAAAUGUAUUAUGGAUUAACCAGAAAAGAUUUGCGAUCCAUGGCUUUUCAGCUGGCUCGACGCAACAGCCUUCCACAUCCAUUUUCAUUUUUACGGGAAUCAGCUGGAAAAGACUGGUUGUAUGGUUUUAUGAAAAGGCACAAAGCUUCUUUGAGCAUUCGAAAACCAACUGGUACUUCUCUAAAUAGAGCUCUCGGUUUUAAUAAGGAAGACGUCAAUGAGUUUUUUAACCUGCUUGAGAAACUUAUGACAGAAAAAGACUUUCAUUGUGACAGGUUUUACAAUGUUGAUGAGACGGGGUUAUGUAUUGUACAAUCCAAAUGUCCCGAAGUUGUCUCAAAAAGAGGCAAACUGACAACAGGAGGGUUCGUGCCACCCAUGAUUAUUUUCCCUCGCAAAAAUUCAAGUGAGCAGCUUAAGAAAGGAGCUCCUCCGGGCACCUCGGGAUGGAUUCAGACUGAGAUCUUCACUAAAUGGUUUGACCAUUUUUUGGAAAGGACAAACCCCACCAAAGACAGUCCAGUACUCCUUAUUUUAGAUGGGCAUCACACUCACACUCGAAAUAUUGACGUAGUCAUAAAAGCCCGAGAAAAUUUUGUAACAAUAUUAUGUUUGCCUCCUCAUACAUCGCAUAAAAUGCAGCCUCUGGAUAAAACAUUCAUGGGUGCCCUGAAAACAUUCUACAAUGAGGAAGUAAGGCUAUUUAUGCGGGCACAUAAUAGAGCCGUAACACAUUUUGAUAUGGGCGAGUUAUUUGGAAGAGCCUAUACAAAAGUCCAGACUGCGGAGAGGUCAAUAAAGGGAUUCAGUACAACUGGCAUUUACCCCUUUCGACGAGACGUAUUCUCCGAUGAAGACUUCUUAGCCGAACAGCAAAGACAUCAUGUGCCCCAUCCUGUCACAGCAGAUUUUCCAGAAAAUAAUGAACCAGCGCUAUGUCAUUCACCAAACAUUCUCCCCAAGGAUAUCGCACCAAUACUACAACUGAAAAAAAAAAUAGGCUCGAGAGGAAGAAAACCUGGUCGUGCACGGGUAGUAACCUCAACUCCGAAUAAAGAGGAGUUAGAGGAAUGUAUUAAUCGUUCACGUGAGAAAGUUACUAAGAGACUAAUCAAUGAAGCAGGACCAAGUUCUUUUAAACAAUCUGCGAAGAAAAAGAGAAAAGCACGUUCACCAUCAACAUCACCUUCAUCAUUAACAUCUUCUUCAGAACUCGUUCCCGCAAACUCCUCUGAUGAAGAUGAUCUCCCCCUGUCAUCUUAUAUUAGUCCCAAGCAAUGUGCUGAUUACACGACGGAAUGUAUUUUUUGCCAAGAGAUGUUCACGAUGAGUAAAAGCAGAGAGGUAUGGGUGAAAUGUGUCAUUUGUAACGGAUGGGCUCAUGAAGCUUGCACAAGUUGUGAAGGUGAUAUCUACAUUUGCGGUUUUUGUAAAUAA